GAUCCUUGACUCUCAGCGACACUACGAGUAUACGUGAGUAUCAAGCCUGACUUUAACCUGACUCUUCUGAUUUCCAAACCCACAGGUAUUCAUGGAAAUUAUCUUCAAACUCUUCGCUGGUUGACCUAAUCCUGACAAAUUGACUCCAUAAGAGCUUGGACAGUGGUGUUUUUAAAAAUGAUUUCAGGGACCACUUUCCUAUUGCUUGUACUAAAGAUGCCAAACUGAAAAACUCUGAUCGUUGUAUAAUUAUGAAGAGGCAUUUAUAACAUUUGUCACCCCAGGCAUUCCUUCAUGAUCAAUAUGUUUUAGAGUUUAUCUAUAUCAGCUGCCCCACCCUGAUUUGGCUGUAGAAUUGUUCUCAUGUCGUAUUAUCACUCUGACAAACACCAAUAGCAAUAACAAACCUGUGUCAAAUUAUCUACUAAUGAUGAUCUUCAGUCUUGACCUUGAUUUUUUGAAUCAGACAUGUUAGUGCUGGAUUACAGUAGAAGCCUGUAUAAACCUGGACCUUGAUAUUUUGAAUCAGACAUGUUAGUGCUGGAUUACAGUAGAAGCCUGUAUAAACCUGGACCUUGAUAUUUUGAAUCAGACAUGUUAGUGCUGGAUUACAGGAGAAGCCUGUAUAAACCUGGACCUUGAUAUUUUGAAUCAGACAUGUUAGUGCUGGAUUACAGUAGAAGCCUGUAUAAACCUGGACCUUGAUAUUUUGAAUCAGACAUGUUAGUGCUGGAUUACAGUAGAAGCCUGUAUAAACCUGGACCUUGAUAUUUUGAAUCAGACAUGUUAGUGCUGGACUACAAUACAAGCCUGUAGAACCAGUCACGACUGGACUGGAGCAGGAGAUCCCUGCAUUAGAAUUGUCUUUAGUUGCUGUCAAACUAUUUACUAUUUAUUAUUGUUACAGAUCAUUUUUAGUAAAAUGGUUUAUAAUAGCAAAAUGUGUUGUAUUUAGCUAUUGACACGAGAAGGAAUAGCAUCAUAGAGGUUAAAUAAGUAUGAAUGGUGAUUAACUUGCUUUUAAGCGAUCUUGUGAAGACACUUGACCAUGGACUCCCCAAUGUGCCUCGUUAAAAACGCUGACGGAGAGCUUUGCGUAGAACCAGAGGCCAUCGACUACCUGAUGGGACUGAAACAGAAAGUCGUAGUUGUUUCUGUGGUCGGGCUGUAUCGCACCGGAAAGUCCUACCUCAUGAACAAGCUGGCUCAGAAGAGAAGUGGUUUUGCCCUUGGAGCCACCAUCCAGUCUAAGACUAAGGGCAUCUGGAUGUGGUGUGUCCCUCAUCCUGAAAAAACAGACCACACCCUGGUGCUGCUGGAUACGGAGGGACUGGGGGACGUGGAGAAGGGGGAUUCUAAGAAUGAUGCCUGGAUCUUCUCGCUGGCCAUUCUGUUAAGCAGUACUCUGGUCUACAACAGUCGAGGGACCAUCGACAAUGAUGCUGUGGAGAAGCUUCAAUAUGUGAACGAGCUGACAGAGAUGAUCAAGGUGAAGUCUUCCACUGACGAUGAGGAGGAAGGAGAGGGAACACAGUUUAUGCAGUUCUUUCCUAAUUUUGUGUGGACCGUCAGAGAUUUCACUCUACAGCUCAAGAUCGACGGCAGAGUAAUCACUCCAGACCAGUAUCUGGAGAAUUCCCUGCAACUCAAGAAAGGGCAGAGUUAAAAGAUCAAUGACUACAACCUCCCGCGAGAGUGCAUCCGGAACUUCUUCCCCUCACGCAAGUGUUUUGUGUUCCCCUCCCCUACAACUCCUGACAACAUGCACCGACUGGACUCCAUGGACGAGGCUGAGCUUUCUGAACGCUUCAGAGAGGUCGCAGAUACUUUCUGCCUCUUCAUUUUCCAGGAGAGCCGUAUGAAGACUGUUAUAGGGGGACACACAUUGACUGGAGAGAUGCUGGGCCACCUGCUCACCACCUAUGUGGAGACCAUAGCCAAAGGCAAUGUGCCCUGUCUGGAGAAUGCUGUGAUGGCCAUUGCUAAAAUUGAGAACCAGGCUGCUGUGGAUGAGGGCCUGGCGGUGUACCAGAAGGGAAUGAAAGAUGUGAAGGCCUUAUUCCCAGUGAACAUCAAUCAGCUGUCAGAGAACCAGCUUCGCUCAGAGACUCAGGCCACAAAGGCAUUCAUGAAGCGAUCCUUCAAAGACGAAAAUGGGGAAUUCUUGAAAGCUCUUGCGGAGGCAAUUAGCAACCACACCGCCGACCUUUUCAAACAGAACAAGGAUGCCUCAGAGAAGAAGUGCAAGGCUCUUCUGGAGAAGCUGUCUGCUCAGAUGGAUCAGGGGAUAAAGGAGGGGACGUACGCCACACCAGGAGGCUAUGAGCUUUACUGCUAUCACCAUGACAUCAUACUGGCACAGUACCAGGCCAAACCCAACAAAGGAGUCAGGGCUGAGGAGGUUCUGGAGCAGUUCCUGAAGGACAAGAGUGCAGAGUCCAACUCCAUCCUGCAAGCUGACAAACAACUGACUAAAAAAGAUAAACAAAUCCAAGCUGAGAAGAAGAAAACAGCUGAGUUGGAGCAGGAGAAGGCAGCAUUCAGGGAGCAACAGGCAGAGAUGAAGCGCAGAAUUGAGAACAAUCGCAUUAGCCAGGAGAAGUACUUGAAGGAGAUGAAAGAGAAGAUGGAGGAGGAGAGGAAUCAACAGCAGCAGGAGUUCAACAGGACGCUGGAACGCAGGAUGCAGGAGCAGAAAGAUCUCCUGGAGAAUGGCCAUAAGGAGAAGGCUGAGCUAAUGAGACAAGAGAUCGAGGAAAUAAAGAAGAAGAAUCAAUUGGAAAGAGACGCCAAUACCCGGAAUCAGGAGGCUCUGCUGGAUGAAUUGAAAUGCUCAAAAGCUAAACCAGAUUACUCUUGUACACUCUUGUGAUCCACUUCGAAUGCCCGACUCUGAAAAGCCAACUGAUAUUGAAUCUUGAAGCAUUGAAGUGUUUGUCCUCUAGAGCCAUCGCUGUUUUUAUCUCUCCCUGCUGGUUAUGUAUGAAAGUUUUAACAUCUUGAAAAUGUAUCUGGCGUUAUUGGCCACAUGAGCCUGGUUCCGCUCUAGGUUUCUUCCUAGGUUCCUGCCUUCUAGGGUGUUUUUCCUAGCCACUAUGCUUCUGCCUCUGCAUUUCUUGCUCCUUGGGGUUUUAGGCUGGGUGUCUGUAAAGCACUUUGUGACAACUGCUGAUGUAUAAG